ACCUUCUCGACCGGUAGAAUCACUAUAGUUUUGGGUCAGGAAUUGAUGUAAGUAACUUUAUUUUCGAUGUUAAUAAAUUAUUCAUUAAUCCUGCAGAGCAAAUUAUGUUAUGAAUUAACAUUUUAUUUCCUAUUUUUGCAUAUGUUACAGGGACUGUACUGUACAUUGUUAUGGUAAAUAGAUAUGCGAGUCCGCCAUGGGACAGAAACAAUAGCAGGUUUAUCAAAUUAUGAGACAGGGGCAGGUUCAUUCCACUUGUCAUGUUAUGUCAACCUCAUACUUUCACACAUUUUAGCAUUCAUAGUACACAUACAGUAACAGAUCAUUUAAAAGGCUUUAUUGUUUUUAGUAAGAUUAAAUGGCAAUAAUAUGUGUCUUGCAGGCCCCAGAUUGUUUUUAUUAUUGAAACAUGGGAGGCAGGGUCUCAGCAAUGCAAAGUAAAAAAACAAACAUUCAAACAAACUGUAAAUAUACUGUAUAAGAUGCCCAGUAACAUUUAUAUUCUGUGUUCCCAUCAGCCCUCUGAGUUUCUGAAAUCAUGCUGCUGUGAGGAUUGCCUUUCCAUUGAUCUGAAUCAUGGCACCACAACACUGGCAUUUAAGUUCCACCAUGGAGUCAUUAUGGUGGUUGACUCCCCAGCAUCAGCUGGCAAAUACAUUGCAUCAAAGGAGGCCAAGAAAGUAAUUGAGAUCAACCCCUUACCUGCUGGGCACCAUGUCGGGCAGCGCUGCAGACUGUCAGUACUGGGAGAGAAUUCUGGCGAAAGAGUGCAGAUCUGUCUGAACAUGUAUCUUUUUGUCUGAUUUAAUUUCUUAAACAAAUUAUAAUUCAUACAUUCGGAAAAAGUCUUUUAGAAGCAUUAAAAGAUUUACAAAGACGUGUCAUACAGAGCAUGUGAGCGGAGCAUAGCAGGAGUGGAGCGAGGAGCGGAGCGAUCAGAAUUUCACUGGAGCGAGGAGCACGUUUCACGAGACUAAUUAAUGUGGUGACUCAUUAAUACACACGUUGAGACAGUGCACAGUGUUAUUCACACAAACACUUAACACCAUCACGGUAAAAAAAGUGACAUUAAAAUAAUGCAAUAAAUAUUAUCUAAACUACAUCAUAUAUAACAUAGAACACCCCAAUGUACAUAACUGAUAUAAAAAAAAAAUAAGAGGAAACAUAUCUAGUUCCAUAGAAUAUAAUGAAAUGUGAAGUCGCACAGGGACUUCUGGGAAUGCCCAAUUAUUGUUUCUAACUGUAAUUGCACAAAUAGUUUACCGUAAAAUACAUGUAUUCUCUCGUAAACAUAAUACAAAUUUUUACAGUUAAUUAUACAGUAAAAUAUUUUUUUAACAAUAUUUUACUGUAAAA